CUGACUCCUGGGCGUGAGGCUCGCUCACUCGCUCGCCGGCUCACUGGGUCACUCGCUCUCGGCUCCUGCCACCGCUCAGCCGGCACAGCCCAGGGGAGCCCGUGAGCGGGAGAGCCAGCGAGCCGAGGAGGGAGGGAGCGAAGGAGGGAGGGAGCGAGGGCGCGCCCUGGCUCUCCCUCUGCCCUGCCGCCCGCCCUUCCUGCUGCCACAGCUUGUGUUUUCCAUACACCCUGGAGUCCCCUCAGGCCAGCCCGGCGGGCGCGCACCUGCCAGCCGACCCUGACCUCGCAGGCCAAGCGGCCCCCGAGUCUGAGAAGAUGGCCCAGUCCAAGACCGACUGCCGCUCACCUGUCGGUCUCGACUGCUGUAACUGCUGUCUGGACCUGGCCCACAGGAGCGGGCUCCAGAGCGACAGCAGCGGAGAGAACAACAACCCGGGCAGCCCUACCGUGAACAACUUUCGGCAGCUGCAGGAGAAGCUGAUCUUCGAGAACCUCAACACCGACAAGCUCAACAGCAUAAUGCGGCAGGAUUCGCUAGAGCCCGUGCUGCGGGACCCCUGCUACCUGAUCAACGAGGGCAUCUGCAACCGCAACAUUGACCAGACCAUGCUGUCCAUCCUGCUCUUCUUCCACAGUGCCUCUGGAGCCAGCGUGGUGGCCAUAGACAACAAGAUUGAGCAGGCCAUGGAUCUGGUGAAGAAUCAUCUGAUGUAUGCAGUCAGAGAGGAGGUGGAGAUCCUGAAGGAGCAGAUCCGGGAGCUGGUGGAGAAGAACUCCCAGCUGGAGCGUGAGAACACCCUCCUGAAGACCCUGGCAAGCCCAGAGCAGCUGGAGAAGUUCCAGUCCCGCCUGAGCCCCGAAGAGCCAGUUCCAGAAACCCCACACGCACCUGAGGCCCCCGGUGGUUCUGCGGUGUAAGUGGCUCUGUCCUCAGGGUGGGCAGAGCCACUAAACUUGUUCUACCUAGUUCUUUCCAGUUUGUUUUUGGUUCCCCAAGCGUCAUCUCACGUGGAGAACUUUACACCUAGCAUAGCUGGUGCCAAGAGAUGUCCUAAGGACAUGGCCACUUGGGUCCACUCCAGUGACAGACCCCUGACAAAGAGCAGGUCUCUGGAGGCUGAGUUGUGUGGGGCCACAUCACCCCCAGCCAGUGAGCCUCUAAUGCCACCGUGUCCUGGGGGCUCCCAGGGUCUGGGCAACUUGGCCGCAACUGGCAAAGGAGAAAGGUAGUGUGAGAUGUGAUGCCAGUUUACUCCAGAAAGCAUAAGGGGUCUGUUUUUCAUUUCCAUGGCCAUCUUCAGCAGCUUCACCUGACAACGACUGUUCCUAUGAAGAAGCCACUCGUGUUUUGAGCAGAGGCAACCUCUCUCUUCUCCCCUGUCUCACCAAGGCAGGGCCACAGAUAGGAGAGAUUGAGCCAAGUCAGUCUUCUGUUGGUUCAUAUGGUCUAAUGCAUGGCUUUGCGCACAGCCCAGUGUGGGAUUACAGCUUUGGGAUGACCGCUUACAAAGUUCUGUUUGGUUAGUAUUGGCAUAGUUUUUCUAUAUAGCCAUACAUGCGUAUAUAUACCCAUAGGGCUAGAUCUAUAUCUUAGUGUAGCAAUGUAUACACACACACACGCACACACACACACACACACACACACACACACACACCUAUGUGUUGAAGGGCCUAACCGGCUUUGGAAGUAUCAACUGGUCCCUUAUCUCUUAAGGCUAAUUCUUUGACUGUGUUCAUUUACCAAGUUGAUCCAGUGUGUCCUUUAGGUUAAGUAAGACUAAAGAGAAAAGGCAGGGAGGAGGGCCAAGCCUCUGAAUGUGGCCACAGAUGCCUUGUUGCUGCAGCCCUUGCCCCAUGUGUGCCCCGGCCCGAAGAUGUGUGAGGUCCUCAUUCAGAUGCCAAACCCACCAUUCACUGGUGCUGACUACAUAGAAUGGGGUUCAGAGAAGAGCAGCUGUGACUUCACAUUGUCAUUGAGAAACUUUUGUUUUGGUGUUUGUGGAAAACUUGCAAGUGAACUGCAUGAUUGGCUUGCUGGUGUCCCCUUGUGGACAAGGGAUGGACGAGGGGAUGGCUUUGACCCGACGGUGCCUGGGUGAUGUACUCAGGGAGCUUGUGUCUAGGGGGUUCUGUGGCAGUGAACAUUUUCCAUUUUCUGAUGUAUGUCUCCAGGAUUUGGAUUUUGAUUUUUCAAAUGUAGCUUGAAAUUUCAAUAAACUUUGCUCUUCUUUUUUUCUAAAAAUAAA